CUGAAGGCCGUGCUGCAGCAGGACCUGGCAGAGCGCUGCAUGGCCUCAGGAAUGCAGUGGACCGCGUUCCCGGCAAGGUUAGGAAAAAACAAGAAAGAUUCUGGCGAGCUUUGUCCAUGCCGUAUGCCAAUCCUGCGACCCCUGCGCCAUUCUGGACGCGACGGAAGGGCUCUGCUGGAUGCUGCAGGACCCCAAGGCGCCUCUGAAGGUGCAUGUUGCCGUUCCGCUGGCCAUGCAGGCGAGAACAUUCUUUGAGGAUGAGAACAACAGCCUGAGGUGGGCCUCCAUAGAGCUCUUUGGCCACCUCAGCAAAUUUGUUUCCAAGAGGUCAUCCCUCUUUGGGGCUGAGGUGGAGAAGAGCAUGGGGACGCUGCUCAUCCACCUACAAGACGGGGACCCCCAGGUGGCCCAGAGGGGAAGAGGAUGGAAGCUCCAGCUCCUGAAUUGGGCUAUUAGGGACACACACAGAUGA